AUGGCUGUGUAUGUGGAUCAUCAAAUAGAAGCUCCUGAUUCGGUUGCGUCCCCCUCUCACAUAACGUGGCACCCACUUCACCCGCUCCUGGCGGUUGCUUCCRUCAGCACAGCGUCUGGGGGCUGCGUGGAUGUCUAUCUGGAACAGGGAGAACACGUGUCUGAGGUGCAUGUGGAGAGAAGCUUUCGGGUCACGGCCCUCUCCUGGCAGCCCUCCCGGCUGGUUUUGGCAGCAGGCUGGGAGACUGGUGAGGUUGUGGUACUCAACAAACAAGACAGGGAGCAGCACGUUGUCCCUCCCACGCACACUGCGGAAAUUACAGUCCUGAACUGGAGUACAAAUGGUACCCGCCUUGUGUCCGGUGAUAGGCGUGGGGUCUUAGUUCUGUGGAGAAUGGAUCAGCGCGGUCGAGUGCAGGGCCCUCCGCUGCUGAAACACGAUUAUGGCAAAUACAUUUCUCACUGUAUCUUCCGGCCACCCGCUCCUGGCGAGGACUUCAUGCAGCUGGCUAAAGCAGCAGUGAGUGGUGAUGAGAAGGCUUUGGAUAUGUUCAACUGGAAAAAAGCUGGAACAGGGCCACCUUUGAAAAUGGGUCCACAGGAAGGACUGUCCUUCUUUAUCACUUUGACAGAUGGGUCUGUGCAUUAUGUGAAUGAGAAAGGGAAGACAAGUGAUAUGUUGUCCGUAGACAGUCCUGUUCAAAAGCUUCUGUUCAUGGAGAAAAGAGAUGUUUUAGUGAUAAUAACAGAGAACCUGCUGUUGUCCUUACAUACAAUUACUCACGAGGGAGAGGCAGAAGAGCUCAUGAAGGUGAAGCUGAGUGGCAAGAUGGGCCAUUCUGCAGACAUCAUUUUAAUAGACCAGAGUCUUAUUGUUACAGCAGUAGGUGAGACAGUCCUCAGAUGCUGGGAUUUGGAACGAGGUGAGAACUAUGUGCUCUUCCCAGAUGUGCAAUUUGGCUUUGAGGCAGGAGAAUGCAUUAACUGUGUUUCUUACUGCAGUGCUAAAGGACUUCUAGCAGCUGGCACCAACAAAGGGCGAGUUGCUAUGUGGAAGAGAGCAGCAGUGUCCAGCCGAAGCAGUGGGGCGCUGGAGGGCAGGGACAGGUGGAAGCUCCAGGCACCUACGGAACUUGACGGAAAUAUCACUCAGAUACAGUGGGGCUCUAGGAGAAACCUGCUGGCAGUGAACAACAUCAGCUCAGUGGUGAUCCUCAGCGAGCAGGCCAUGUCCUCUCAUUUUAACCAGCAAGUGGCUGUGGUUCAGGUGUCUCCCAACCUGUUUAACGUGACCUUCUUCAGCACGGGAGCCACACAGAGUCUUCGUGUUGAUAUGAACGUUAACGGAGUCUACGCUACGAAGGAUGCUGUAGUAUUCUGGAAUGGGAAGCAAGUUUCUGUCUUCGAGUGCUCUGGUGUUGCCUUAAGAAAUGCAGGCUCUUUCCUUUGUGACUCUCCAGUUUUGUGUGUGCAUGAAGAAAAUCUGUACACGGUUGAGCCAAAUCGGGUCCAGGUCCGCACCUGGCAGGGCACAGUUAAACAGCUGCUGGUGUUCUCCGAAGCUGAGGGCAAUCCCUGCCUCCUGGAUGUCUGUGGGAAUUUCCUGGCUGUGGGAACUGACUCGGCUCACUUCAAAAUCUUUGAUCUCUCUCGCAGAGAGGCCAAAGUGCACUGCCAAAGCAAGAAUUUCUGCCAGCUGUUUCCGGGCUUGGGAGGCCUUGCCUCUGUGAAGUGCAACGCUAACGGCAACAAAGUCAGCAUCCUCGCUAGCAAGGUUGAUGGGAACAUUGAUUCCAAGAUCUGUUUCUAUGAUGUGGAAAUGGACAAAGUUACUCUCUUUGAUUUCAAAGCUCAAGAAGGAAACGGUAGAGAGAAACUUCCUUCUGGACAAGGCCUUAACAAAACUGCUGUGGGAUACCCAGAGCUGCACAGCCAUGUCCCUGCUUGCCAUUUCUGGGACCAGAGUGAACCACGACUUUUUGUGUGUGAAGCAGUCCUUGAGACAAGCCGCCAGUCUCCAGAGCAGAAGGAAGAACAGCCCGAGAGCACAAUGGAUGUUUUGAUUAUAUCAUUCUUCAGCACUGAAGAGCACGGCCUUUUGCUUCAGGAAAGCUUUCCACUGCCUUCAUCCUACCAGGUUCUUUUGGGCAUCGAGGUGCCACAUUAUUACUUUGCAAAAAAGUCAGGAGAAGCUGAGACAGAAGGACAAGCAGAGUCUGGCUCAGCAAAAGUCUCCCAGAUGGUUGCCCGAAGACCCAUGAGAGAUUUUGUUGGAUUGGGAGAUUGUGAUAAGACUACCCGGGAUGCCAUGCUGAACUUCAGCUUCUAUCUGACUGCUGGAGACAUGGAUGAGGCCUUCAGAUCCAUAAAGCUUAUCAAAAGUGAGGCUGUCUGGGAGAACAUGGCUCGCAUGUGUGUGAAGACUCGGAGACUGGAUGUUGCCAAAAUCUGCCUUGGGAACAUGGGUCAUGCCAGAGGGGCCAAGGCGCUGAGGGAGGCCGAACAGGAACCCGAGCAGGAGGCCAGAGUGGCUGUGCUGGCCAUUCAGCUGGGCAUGCUGGAGGACGCGGAGCAGCUGUACAUGUCUUGCCAACGCUACGACCUCCUGAACAAAUUCUACCAAGCCUCAAACCAGUGGCAGAAAGCGAUCGAGACAGCGGAGCGGCACGACCGGGUCCACCUCCGCACCACCUACUACAACUACGCCAAGCACCUGGAGGCCACUGGGGACCACGGCCUUGCGCUCACCCAUUACGAGAAGUCGGACACGCACCGGUUUGAGGUACCUCGAAUGCUCUCCGAAGACUUGCAAGCCUUGGAGAACUACGUCAACAAGAUGAAAGACAAGAACCUCUGGAGAUGGUGGGCACAGUACUUAGAGAGCCAGUCAGAAAUGGAAGCUGCACUCAAAUACUAUGAACUGGCUCAGGACUAUUUUUCCCUGGUGCGUGUGCACUGCUUCCAGGGCAACAUUCAGAAGGCUGCUGAAAUUGCGAAUGUAACAGGGAAUUGGGCUGCAUCGUAUCACUUGGCCCGUCAGUAUGAGAGUCAGGAUGAAAUCAAGCAGGCUGUGCAUUUCUACACCAGGGCCCAAGCAUUUAACAACGCCAUUCGCCUGUGUAAGGAGAACAAUUUAGAUGAUCAGCUGAUGAACCUGGCUCUUCUGAGCUCUCCAGAAGACAUGAUAGAGGCAGCCUGCUACUAUGAGGAAAAGACAGAGCAAAUGGACAGAGCUGUCAUGUUGUACCACAAGGCAGGCCACUUCUCCAAAGCACUGGAGCUUGCCUUUGCCACCCAGCAGUUCGGGGCCCUCCAGCUAAUUGCUGAAGACCUGGAUGAGAAGUCAGACCCGGCGCUGCUGGCCCGCUGCUCUGACUUCUUCAUCGAGCAUGGCCAGUAUGAGAAGGCCAUAGAGCUGCUGCUAACAGCCAGAAAGUACCACGAGGCCCUGCAAGUUUGCCUGAAGCAGAAUCUGACCAUCACGGAGGAGAUGGCUGAGAAGAUGACAAUUGCUAAGGACUCCGAGGACAUCUCCGAGGAGUCGCGGAGGGAGCUGCUGGAGCAAGUUGCUGAUUGCUGCAUGAGGCAAGGCAACUACCACAUGGCGACCAAGAAAUACACCCAAGCAGGAAACAAGCUAAAGGCUAUGAGAGCACUGCUGAAAUCUGGAGACACAGAGAAAAUUGUGUUUUUUGCUGGAGUCUCCAGACAGAGAGAGAUUUAUAUCAUGGCAGCCAACUACCUGCAGUCACUGGACUGGCGCAAGGACCCUGAGAUUAUGAAGAACAUCAUUAGUUUCUAUACCAAAGGAAGGGCCCUCGAUCUGUUGGCAGGCUUUUAUGAUGCUUGUGCUCAGGUGGAAAUUGAUGAGUACCAGAACUAUGAGAAAGCACAAGGAGCGCUGACAGAGGCAUACAAGUGCCUUUCAAAAGCAAAAAUGAGAAGCCCUCUGGAACAGGAAAGCAAAAUAGCUCUUCUGCAAAGCAAGAUGGCCCUGAUCAAGCGAUUCAUCCAUGCUCGGAGAAUUCACUCUGAAGACCCCACAGAAGCAGUGAGACAGUGUGAGCAGCUCCUGGGGGAACAAGAUCUCGACAGCACCAUCCGUCGCGGGGAUGUCCUGGGGUUUCUGGUUGAACAUUAUUUGCAAGUGGAAGAUUUCCAUACAGCUUACCGCUACCUGGAAGAGAUGCGGAAGAGAAUUCCAGGGGGGAACCCGACCUACUUUGUGCCUCAGCAGACCAUCGAGGCCGUUCACCGAGGAGCCGGCGUCCCCUUGAGCCGAAUCCUGGCGCCAGAGCAAACUGGGCACAGCAGCAUGGAGACCAAGGAGGUGGAGGAAGAAGUGGCUGAUGAACUGGAGGACCCCUGACACCUUGGACUCACCAGAGGCAAAACUGACUUCAACACUAGGUCCUAUCUUCUCUCCUCAGGAGGGGUCAUGUAUCUAUCAACUCGCUGCUGCAGGAGGUUUAUUAGUUUCUUUGAAAGAAAUGUAUUUUU